AUGAAGAUGACGACGAACUUGACAACAGCUUCCUAUAUUCCUUCUGCUAAUGCCUCUACUGCAACUGCUGCCAUUAUUUCAGCUUCUUCAGCCCCUUCUCUCGUAACCAGUAGUAACGAACCAAACACGACGAAAUCAUCGCGAAAAGGCAGCGACGAUUUGACGAAAAAAAAGAUUUCAUUGACAGUAGAAAAAUUAAAACAAAAAACUAAAUUCCUUUUACUCAUUCAGUUGUCAUUGCUACUCGCCACGCUUGAAAUUACCCUGGUGACCGAAAGUGCCCGAGCCCAGGACGCUUUCGAUAAGAUCAUCAGUGAACGGAUUAUCGAAACGAAGUACGGUAAAAUCCGUGGGGUCCAGAUUCUUUUCCGUAAGGAUCUUCUUCUACGGCCCGUGGAUGCUUACCUCGGAAUACCUUACGCCUCAUUCCGAAAGGAUGCGAUGCGCUUUAUGCCACCCGGAAACCCUCCGUUCCGAUGGGACGGAACAUCCCCCGUGUUAAAAAGGCCGCCGCGCAAACAUUUCAUAUCUAUCUAUCUAUCUAUCUAUCUAUCUAUCUAUAUCUCUGUUAAAAUUUCUUUCUCUCUCUCGCACCCUACAACACAAUUCAGUUGGCCCAUUCUUUCAAACAAACGUGUCGGUUAUUGUCUAUCUCAACAUCUCUCAGUUGUCAUAGGUUUAUUCAUUUCCUGCUGA